AUGGAUAUUCUUGUGCUCGCGGCUAGGAGCCUCUUCGAGCAGAAAGCCAAGGAGCAUAGUAGCACUACUUGCCCGGAAGAAAAUACACAAGGGCCUGAGAUUCGGUAUUUCGUCGGCGAACUCACAUUCCAUCGAUUCGCGACCAUUCUUGCGGGCGGCUGCGCCAUCCUCAGUACCGUUAUUGUUGCCGUGCUGAUUGGAUUACAUGCCUUCAAUUACUCGAAUCCGGUGCAGCAGCGUCAAGUGAUUCGAAUUGUUUCGCUUAUUCCUUGGGUUGCUAUAUUCUCCUUCCUCAUCGUAUGGCAAGAUGGUAUAGGAGAGUACCUGGCGCCCUCGCUUGAUUUCGGGUGUGCAAUAGCGUUGUCGUCGUUUUUGCUCUUCAUGUGCGAUCUUGUGCUUGCACAUCCAGGGGGGUACGAGUCGUUGUUUGGCGAGGAUGCGAGAGCUAAGGGAGAGCUUAAAGCUCAGAGUCCAUCUUGGUUGAAGAAAACAUGGUACGGUGUGCUUCAAUUCAUCCCUACCAGUAUCAUUCUGUGGAUUGCAACUGCCAUCUCUUUGGCUGCUGGUACAUACUGCAAGCAGUCCAACAGUGUGCAUUUUGCCCAUAUCUGGAUCACGGUGUUGAAUGCAUACACUACUCUGCUCGCUAUCAUCUGCUCGCUUCGAUUCUACAAGAGAAACAAGCCGCUGUUGCAGAAGCACAGUAUUAUCCUCAAGCUUGCUACGUUCAAGGGAGUUCUUGGUCUAAACAUUCUCCAGUCGUUCAUCAUUUCCAUUCUUGCUGGUAAGGGCGUACUCAAACCUACCGAGUACAUGACCUUCCACGACAUCAACACUGGGCUUGCUUCACUCAUCCUCGCCUUGGAAAUGCCCAUCUUCGCUAUCCUCCUCGUCUUCGCCUUCCCACCGCGCCCGUACAAGGCCCAAGGUGGGCCUGCAGCAGGCCCCUUGAAUGCAAUCAUCGAUGCAAUCAACAUCACUGAUUUGUUGUCAGCAUUCUAUCGCGGACCUAUGAGGCUGGUCAGGGAUCAACAGCGACAGAUUCUGAGGCAGGAUAGCAUGAGGAUACAAGCGGUACCUCAGGCUGUUUAG